AUGACGACCACGGUGGUUCUCGAUCAGCUAAAGAAGGACAAGAUAGUCGAGCUGCUAGACCAGGGCAAGAGGAUAGACGGCCGGGCCUUUGACGAGACAAGGGAGAUCAUCAUCGAGGCAGGCGUAAUACCCAAGGCCAACGGCUCUGCCCGCGUUCACCUCGGAAGCACCGACGUGAUCUGCGGCAUAAAGAUACAGCCCGACAGGCCGUUUCCCGACGUGGGCGACAAGGGCAUCUUCAUCUGCACCGCCGAGCUGCUUCCGCUCUCACACCCCACAGUAGAGACCGGACCCCCCAACCCGACAGUGAUCGAGCUGGCCCGGGUAGUGGACCGCGGAAUACGGGAGAGCAAGAUGAUCGACCUGACGCAGCUGGUAAUAAAGAAGGACAAGUCGGUGGUGGGCGUGUUCGCCGACAACACCGUGAUUGACUAUGACGGAAACCUCUUUGAUGCCUGCUCCUAUGCCGCCACCGCGGCAGUGCUGUCCUCCAAGAUGCCCCGGUGGGAGAUCAAGGACGACGUGCCGACGCUGAUAGACGACGAGAAGGUUGAUCUGCCGGUCAGUACGAUUCCCGUGUCGGUUACCAUGGGCAGGAUAGGCAAGCACAUCAUCGUUGACCCGACAGGCGACGAGUGGGACUGCCUUGACGCCAGAAUCACAAUCACCAGCAACUCUGACGGCAACAUCUGCGCCCUGCAAAAGGGUGGCAAGAACGGCUUUACCGUGGAAGAGCUCGUAGAGUGCGGCAAGACCGCAGUGAAGCUGGCCGACAAGAUAAGGACGAUCUUAAAAGGGACUCAAGAGUAG